GGCAAUUGCUCCACCAAACAUGCAUGCCAAUUCUUACAGGUUUCUUGCUUAUAAGAAUUCAUCUCAUACAUAUACAUUAUAAUUACCAGGAAUCUUAUACAUAUUAAAAUUUCUUCCCAGAACUAACUGACAUAGGUUACUACCCACUACAGCGUGUGCGGUAACUCUCUCUGGUGGUCCUGGGGGUCGUUACUUCAUCUCUCUUCUCUUCCUCAGGUUAUUCACAGGUCACAUGGAGGAAGAUGAAGGCACAUUACUUCAUCUUUUUCUCGCUGUAGCAAUUCUCCACAUCAUAAUGCCAGAUGUCCUUCUUGAUUGCCUGGGCUAGCCCUGUUAUCUAUGAACCACAUGUAUACAUUGUAACAUGUUUCCAUGGUAUGAACGGGCUACUUUUAGCUGAGUUUGCAAACCUCAAGGCACUUAAACAAUUGAGCACUGUAGGAGUGUUUUUACAUGUAUUAGCUGGGUCUGCUUCCAGUGGUGGAGACUGCUGCUGCUGCCACCAGCUUCUUCCUCUUCCUCCACUGCAGGCCUGUAAAGCAAAGGAUGGGGAAAGAAGAGAGGGGACCCCUGGAACCAGCCCAGCUGUGCUGCCUUCUCUUGCUGCAGCUGGAACGUCUCUUGGGAGGCUUCCCAAGGCUGAGCUCUGGCAAGGGCCUUGGCCCUCAGAGCAUGGGCACUGCAGGCAAUCAGCAUCUUUUUUUCCUCCCAUAGGAGCCUUUUCACAGAGGUGGAGCUGGUGAAACGCUUUUCUCAGACCACUUCCAGCUCAGCCACUCGAGGGACAGCAAAGUGGCAUGACAAUGCCACAGCACUUGCAAGUAAGCUCAGCACUGGUUCUUGUUGCAAAGUCCUUGGGGGUGAACUCAGAGAGCUGCACCGUGCCAGCAGUCUGGCGAAAUGUCACAAGUGGCUGGAGAAAUGCAGGCUGCCCUGCACCCCAGAGAUGUGGCACCUAGGACUCAGUGCUUGCCUCCCUACAGGGAGCCAAAACACUCUUGGCUGGGCAUCCUAGAGAAGAGACCUCAAGAGAGAGACCUAACUGUUCUCUGGUUUCUUUGCCCAGGGACGGUCUUCAGCCUUGCUUGCCAUCCGGCAGGUACCCUUGCAUCCCUCUGGAGAUGUCUGCUGAGCACGUGCGUCUUCACCAUGCAAAAGAUGGCCGUGCACAAGAAAAGGUGCUUGAAAUUCAUUGUCUUCUUGCUCCCAAUGGUUCUUGCUGGUGUUUACUGUGGGACCUCACUGCCAGUGUGGACUACACAGGCAAAGGCACAGAGAGAGGAUCUGACAUGGGCAUCUGCAGCAGAAACAAAGAUGCUGAGGAAUUUGCACACCUUUUUGACAGAGCAAACCCAGAAGCUGCAGCUUCUGCUGGAGGAGGUGGCUCAGCUGGGGGCAGAGAUCAGCAGUCUGAAGAAGGAGAGACAGGAGAUGAAUCAGGCAGCGCUGGAGCUGGCUUCGGAAGUCUACGUCGGGAGAUCUGACUGGGCCCUGAAAAGUUCUGGUGCCACCAUUGACAUGCAGAGAACUUCCAAGACGUAUGACUGCAAAGAGAAUUGGGUCUGCAGGGUUUUAUGGUUCUUCCGCGCUCCCAACCCUCCUGAUACAAUUUUGCAGCCGGAUGUUUCCCCAGAAAACUGCUGGCCUUUACAAGGGCACCAGGGCCAGGUGGUCAUCAGGUUGCCAGCACGAGUCCAUCUGACUGCUGUCAGUGUGCAGCACAUCUACAAAGAAGUCUCUCCAUCUGGGACCGUCAUCAGCGCGCCCCGAGACAUCACUGUGUUCGGAGUGGAUGCAGACAGAGAAGAGGAAACUCUCCUUGGGACGUUCAUGUACAACGUGGCAAAAGAGGCCAUUCAAACCUUCCCUCUAAAGGACGCACACAGAGCCUUUUCACACAUCAAACUUAUUGUGAAGAGCAACUGGGGAAACAGAGCCUACACCUGCAUUUAUCGAGUGCAGGUUCAUGGGAAGAUGGCAAAACCAGAAAGCCUCAACUGAGAUCAGAGGAGAAAAAGAACAUAAACAAAAAAGAGGAAGAGGGGAGGAGGGAUAAAUGCUUUGUCAGAUCGGAGUGGUGUAGAAGAUCUGUCUCCAAAGUCCAGUGUGCAGGAAGGUCCAUCGGGGGAGGGCAGGAGUGCCCACUGACAUGGCUACAGGGCAGCCUGCAGGCAGGGGAUGUGGGUCGACCAACAAUCCUUGGGGCUGCCAGGGGCUUGUGAGCUCCCCCUUUUAAUUUCCCAGUAGUGGGGCUGGAGGAGCAUCAGAUUCCCCACUGCACCAUCAGAGGGGUGUGUGUGAUGGCUGCCUUCUCCCGGGGAUGGUUUCAGGGUUGUGCAGCCAGGUGUGCAGCCAGGGCUGUCCUUCCAAGCAGGGUCCCUGCACCCCAGGGGCUGUGUGUCAGAACAAUCUGGGUGAAGUCAUCUUCCUGCUGAAAGAGCCAGCACAGGGCAGCUGAGACCAAGGCUGAUGGACAGAUGAGAUCUUCUGAAAAGCUCUUUGAUAUCAUGUGUGAAUUUCAUCUGACACCACCCCCCCCACCAUGUUCCUAUAUCCCUACUGCUGGAGGGCAGGACUGGCUCUGCCAGAGCCCCCAGCAGAGCCCUCUCCUCCCAGUGACACCCUCAGCCUGCACCAACCAGAGCUCAUGGAAGGGGCCUGCCGAAAGUCUUCCUAAAACCAGAGAAGAGGCAGUUUCAGGGGGUUUCUGUGAGAAAUGCAUUAGGUUUUGCUCAGAGAAUUCUCCCCUAAAUCGUCACUGUCUUUUCCCUCUUGGGAAGCCCCCCGUAACAAGAUGAAGCAAAUGUCCAGUGGCAGCUCUAUCACCCAGUCGCUCCUCCUGGCAUUUGCAGACACGUGGGAGCUGCAGCUCCUGAGCUUCUGGCUCUUCCUCGGCAUCUACCUGGCUGCGCUCCUGGACAAUGGACUCAUCAUCACCACCACAGCCUGCAACCAACGCCUUCACACCCCCAUGUACUUCUUCCUCCUCAGCCUCCGCCUGCUGGAGCUGGGCUCCAUGUCCACCACUGUCACUAAAGCGAUUGCC